AUGGCACAACCCGAUCUCACCUCGCAUCACGUCAAUUACCUAAUAUGGAGGUACCUUCAGGAAUCAGGGCAUGGUGAGGCCGCACUCACUCUUCAGCGCGCGUGGAAUCAUGACCCGCAGAGUUUGCCGUUUGCUCCAUACAUUAAAACACAUGCUCUAGUGUCCCUGGUUCAAAAGGGUCUGCAGUACUAUGAACUCGAGCAUUCGCUCGACAGGGAUGGAAAUCCUACGUCGUUCACAUCUUCUGAUUAUUUCUUCGGGCCAACACCACUGGAACUCGAAAUACAAAAGGGUCAAAGUGGCCCCGGGGAGGCAGGCGUUGGCACAGACCAGGCGCCUGUCUCGCCUACAAGCAAAGUUCCGCGAGAUGGCGGCGUGAUCAACGGUCACUUGACGGCCGAGGCGGCGGCGGCGGCGGCAACGGCAGCGGCACCCCAAGCUACCACCAGUGUCAAGAAACCGCGCAAGAGCGGAGAUCUCAACGGCGAUGAAGUGCCCAUGGAAAUCGACUCGAACGGGGUGAUGACGGAAAGCAAACCAGCAGCGGUGGACGAGUCGCCUCCGACAGCCGACAUGGCGGUGGAUGGUGACGGCGAUGUGAGCAUGGACAUCCGACCGGAUUCGCAGGACCAGGAACCAGCCCCAGCAGCGGUGGCGCCGACCUUCACUUUAACCACCGGCCACAGCGUUGGCGUCCAGAUCACCCCCGCCAAGGCCGCCGACCUUGGACCCGACACCGCCAUCCUCGAUGUGGCUAGUGAUGACCACGUGACCCGCGCCCUUUGGCGCCCCAAGGACCCUACCGUCGUGGUCGCAGCCGGCGAUAGCUUCUGCAGCUUGUGGAGGCUGUCAUCUACCUCGGCUCCGGUGCAAGAGAAACUCGUGGAGAACAAAGGGGAUAGCGCCUGUGUUUCGGCAGUCGCUUGGGACCCUUUAGGCCAGAAGCUGGCCGUCGCAACCUACAACGAUAUGCGAGGUUCUAUCACCAUGUAUGAUGUCUCCGGCAAUGCUGUCGAUCUCCUUCCGGAGGUUCCUCGGAUGAUUACCGGUCUGCAUUGGGCGGAAAGCGGUUCCCAUUUGAUUGUGGUCGCUUCGGACAGCCGAAUCUCCGAGCUGGCCCUCUGGGAUGAUUCUCUACGACCCGACGAAUUUCCUUCUCCGCAAGUUAUCGACGGAUCAGUCUUUGACCUUUGCUGGCUGGGUCCAAAUCAGGCAUUUGCUUGCGGUAAUGGGACCGUCUAUCAAUGUGAUGUCGAUUCAAGCAUUCAUAUCUCGAAAACCUUCUCAUCAGGCGACGCCGACCGGCCCUGGACAUUCAUCCGAUGUGCCAGUGCCGGCUCUUCUUCUGUGGCAGUGACCGCAUCCUCGGCCAAUGCUACGAUAUGGGUUCCUACCCAUGAUAUGCAUCUUGAUGGUGCGCAUGAAGGCGACAUCACGGCAAUCGAACUCAAGCCCAACAGGGAACAUCAGGCAGGACAGAUAACACAGCCCAUUGUUCUAGCUUCUUCUUCAACCGAUGAUACAGUCAAGGUAUGGCAACUUGACCUGGGGUCCAGAGAGUUCAAUUGCAUUCACCGAUUGUUCCUCGGUCCCUCGUCACCGGCUCUUGCCAGCACUUUCUCCCCCGAUGGGUACGCCCUUGCCGCUGCCAGUAAAGAGGGCUUGUUCAUCUGGAACGCACAGCGCGGUGGCACUGCCCUAGCCACAUGGAAGGCACCAGGGCUCGACGACAAGGAAAAAGAAGAGGAGCCCAGUUCCAUAGUGAACGGGCACAAUGGCACUGCAGAGUCGGUGCCGGAUCGCAGUCUAGCUUGGGAUACCGAUGGCAAGAAGCUUGCUUUUGGUUUUGGCAACCAGUUGGCCAUUGUAAACCUGCAACGCUGA